GAAGCUGUCCACUUUUGCUUUGUAGAUUCUGAAGUGUGACUGGCCGCAGACUAAUACCACGCCGAUUGGAUUGAACGUUUCAACUAAAUCUAUUUUCUGAAAGGACAACACGAACGGCAUAUCAAAGUAGAUGUCUGAGCUGCACACCAAAUCUGCGACUAGCAUACUCCCGCCGGGAAGAAAGCUUCCCUCUGUGGCUUCUCGCCACCGAUCAACAAGAAGUCACGUACCUCCUCUUUCUCCGCAAGCGCAUACAUCGUGGGGGAAGGCAUCCCCUUCCACCCACGUCUCAAGCAGCGCCGCAACCUAUCCAUGGGGAAAGUCGUGGCGCCGAUCGCUGGUAGUGUCAUUACAGUCAGCCAACUCUGAUCCGGGUCCAACUUCACAAACAGCAGCGGCAGCACCGCCAGAUGGAGCGGGGGUCCUAGGAGCCCCUCCGUCUGCUGCCAUUGCUGGAGAGCUCGGGGUGGAUGCGACUCCGGAAGGAGGGCCCGGGGCGGAGGCCCCCGCCCCCCCCGGGAGCCCCCCGACGGGCCGGCGGAUUGAGCGGCUCCGUUUCUCCCUUCUGGCGGCCCUCUCAUCCUUGGACCGGGGGCUGGCUGCCAAUGCUCGGGAGGCGGCGGAGGUGGACGAGCUGUGCAGUCAGAUGGAAUCCCUGGGGACCCCCAUCACACUGUCACCGUCACCGCCACCAGCAGCAGGUCCUGUUGCAGGGGGCGGCAGUGCUGGUGUCAGCGGUAUCAAUGACCAGCUGGCCGGCACAUGGCGGCUGAUCUACUCGAGUGGUUUCAACUCAGGUAGUUUGGGGGGUCGCCGCCCCGGGCCCCCCGCGGCGCUGUUCCCCACCAUCCUGGGUCAGGUGUACCAGUGUAUCGACCCGCAAACGGCUAAACUGGACAACAUUGUGGAGCUGCUGUUCAGCUACGGGCCCCCGGACUUGGGCUUACUGAGCGGCCCGGGUGGGGAGGUGCUGGGGCGGGGGCUGGAGCGCCUCAGCCAGCAGCUGGGGGUGAGUAAGGAGCAGCUGCCGGCGCCUCUGAAGGACUUGCUGCUGGGGCCGGAGAAACGGGAGCAGCAGCAGCAGCAGCAGGGGAUGGAGGGGGGCCCGGCUGGGAAGGGAACGAGCUGGAAACGGCAGGGAUGGGGGUCGCCGGCGGCCAGGUUGACUCUGCGUCAUGAUUAUGAGGUGAUUUGGGGGGAUGGAUGGGGUUGGUUGGCCAUCUCAAUCUAUCUGUAUGACCGUCCGUUACGUCCCUCGCCGCGGCUCAAGGGGUUCAUGUGGGGCAACUACAGUACAAAAUUGCAUGUCGACCGCAAGCAGCAGUGCGGCCCCUUAACAUGGAACCCAUCUGAGGCAAAGGAAAUAAGGAGGGGGGUUAGGCACGUGGUGGUACUCAGUCCCGCAACUGUACGGAUUGUGUACGAGGAGACGUACGGCGAACUGGUAGGCAGUGGCUUCUUUGCACAGCUGCCACGACUGGCUGCACCGUCACUUCCCGAGCCGCUACGGCCCCCGAAAUUCCUCAGGAGCGCUACUUUUGAGGUCACAUUCCUGGAUGAGAUGAUGCGCAUCACCCGGGGGGACCGUGGGGAGCUACGUGUCUACCUGCGGGACACAGCCGCGGAGAUGGCGCUCCAGGGGAGCGCAGGUGGAAGGUUUCAUGGGACAGGUUCGGGAGCCGAGGCCCUGGAUUACGAUGGUUAA